UUAUAAAAUAAACUGAUUUACUAUUAAAAUUAUUAAUACUAUUUUAAAUAAAUCCUUUCAAUUUUGUUUAUACUAAAAACAUGACACUUCGGUUUUUUAAUAAAAUAUUAUCAAUACGAUUUAAAUCUGCCACACAUGUUACCUCUUCUGAAGAUACUCCUCAAAUUACUCCUAUUGAUGAGGAACGUACGCUGACGUAUAUUGAACCUUUCGGAUUGGAAGAACUUCCUAUUACUCAAAUAAUAGUUGAAAAGACUGAAAAUGCCCUUCAGACUAAUUCUACCAAUUUUUCCGGAUCGGGCUCGUGGCUAUACGAAAUAAAGACGAACAAAUCAUCACCCGACACUGAAAACGAAGGACCGCCACCACCUUUACCGCCAAAAAAUAGGCUUCAGCAAAACAGUAGCUUUGUACCAGUGAAAAAAUAUCAAAUGGCUGACGGUUUGCACGUUUAUUCAAAAGUAAGUGUUCUAUUUCUAAAAAUUAUUUAGAAUUUAUGUUAAUAAGAUUUUUACAUUUUA